CUCGGCCAUUGGUGGGCGGGGCCUCGAGGCGUCGUUUUCUCUUUGCUACUUAUUCGUAGCCCGAGCAGUGCCUGCGUGGAGCUUCCACGCUGCUACUCCAAGGAUCUUCCUCCUCGCGCCUGCACGACCUGCUGUGACAGCGAGCAGCCGUCUCCUGACUCUUCCUCCUGAGGAUCUAGAAGCAGAAGGCAGCUUUCCUCCCCUGCGAAGGAGCUGGGCAUUGCGGCCAUGAAGUACAUGUUGAACCUCUAUCUGCUGGGGGUCAUGUUGACCCUGCUAUCCAUCUUUGUUAGACUGAUGGAGUCAGUCGGGGGCUUACUGGAGAGCCCAGUGCCUGGGAGCCCCUGGAUCGCCAGAGGUCAGCUAGCCAACACAGAGCCUCCCAAAGGCCUUCCAGACCAUCCGUCUGGAGGAGUACAGUAAAACCAAGCUUCAGCCGGACUUUGGCACGCUAAGUUCAGCAUGUCCAGCCAAGUGUUCCAUUUCCGAAGCAGCAGCAUCUCACUCUCCCGACGAGUGGAAUCUCACUCUCCCGACGCUUGCUUUGCUGUCCUCAGCAGUGUGGCUCUCAGAUGAAGGUGUACCAGCUUCAGGGGUUGGGAGGGUCAGGUUCUUUUAGCCCUCUGUCCUGAAGGACUCUUUGGACCUAAGUAUCUUCUGGUUGGUUUGAUAUUGAGUCUGUUCCAUGAGAACUGUUUGGACAGCAGUUAAGGGAUUAUGGGCUGGCUAUAAAGUGAGAGAGGUUGGAAUAGCCAGCAUCCACGUCUCAGUUGUACAUUAAGUUCUUCCUCCAAUGUAGUCCGCAUGCGUUUGUAAAUAGUGUCUAAAGAGGGCUGUGGGGUGAUCAGACCCGCUCAGGGUGUGGGAGGCCCGGCCACUGUGUGGCUUACAUGAAUUUUUCUAAUGCAAUAAAUGUGACUAUAUAUGUUUACA